CUGUCGAUGUGUUUUGGCUGACGUUUUCUUGUUUUCAUUUACUAUCGGUCUGCAGCUCCGCAUCGCAACGCAAGAAUAUUCAUCAAAAAGUGAAUACGUGUUCUUGUUAGCUUAGUUAAACAAUAGUUAGAAGAAAAAAUAGUUCCACAUGUGCCUGACAGUGUAACUGAGCUGUGCGGAAAAAGAAACUCGAUUUUUUUGUUGGUCAAGUGCGGCUUCUGCAAGCCAGCAGACAGAAAAGCACCAUGUCGAUUACGGAAUAUGUCCAGCUGGCACUUUUAUUCGGUUCUGGCUUUAUAUUCUUCCUGAUGAUUGUGGUUGGAAUCAUCCUCAAAGUCACAACCACACCCUUCCCGCACAUUGUCCGCCAUAAGGAGGAGGAGAGCUUCGUAGAUUCGGUCACAGAUGAAAGACAGAGGUUUCCAUCGCUGGAAGACCCACCGACUUUGGAACUGAGCGUAAUUGUUCCUGCCUUUGAUGAGGAGAAGCGACUACCGGUUAUGCUGGACGAAUGCCUUGAGUAUCUUGAAUCUCGAAGAAAAGCGGAGAAAUCCUUCUCCUACGAAGUGAUUGUCGUUAGCGAUGGUAGCCGUGACAAAACCGUAGAAGUUGCCCAAAAGUACGCCGUCAAAUAUGGCACCGAUAAGGUUCGGGUGUUGGCCCUGGUAGAGAACCGGGGCAAAGGUGGUGCCGUUCGAUUGGGAAUGCUUAGCGCACGGGGUCGAUUUCUGCUGUUUGCCGAUGCUGACGGGGCCACCAAAUUCCCAGACUACGCUAAACUGGAGCAAAGCAUGGCCCAACUCUGCGGGAAUGAUCAUACCAAAGAUGCCAUCGCAAUCGGUUCCCGUGCGCAUCUUGAGCAGGAAGCCACCGCCCAACGGACCUUCUUCCGGACGCUACUCAUGCAUGGUUUUCACUUUCUGGUUUGGACAUUUGCCGUGAAGAAGAUUCGCGAUACCCAGUGCGGGUUCAAGCUGUUGACCAGAUCUUCCGCCAGGAAGGUGUUCGCCGUGAUGCACGUGGAGCGUUGGGCAUUCGACGUGGAGCUCCUGUUCAUUGCCCAAUCGUACAACAUCCCGAUCGAGGAGAUUGCCGUCCGCUGGACCGAAAUCGAAGGCUCAAAGUUGACUCCAUUCUGGUCAUGGCUGCAGAUGGGACGCGACUUGAUCUUCAUCUGGUUCCGCUAUGCAAUCGGAGCGUGGCAGUUGCGGAAGGAACACGUAAAUUAAAGGCAGUCGAUCUCAUAGCGGCUUGGUUGGACGAGUGCUGUGCAUUUUAUAGACUUCUAAGAGUGGAACAUAGCUGUUCCAGAAUUUAUUCCUAAGAUCAUGUAAUCUACGUACAUUGCUAUUGAGUAACGCACCUAUAGAAUAAAUGUCUCAACGAAUUUGAGUUCAAAGGA